ACGACGACCCUCCUCCUCCUCGAGCACCGAACGGAAUAACCGAAUCCCGUUGGUCCGCUCACCUGUCCAUCAAGCGUCUGGCUCCCACUUUUCCAGUAAUCGCAGCCACAGUGGGAGCAGCUCGGGAGACAGACAGAGGAUCACAGCGCGGUUCCAACAAGCCACAGUUCAUCUAAACACGCCCGGUGACUGGAUUUAAACCCCCGACCCCACUCAGGAGGACCCCCUGCUCCACCCCAGGGUAUCCUCUGUCUCGACACUGGGGAUGUCUAGACUGGUGUUACUGUAGUGGAGAAGACCACCGCCUCAACGUCUGCUAACAGUGGCUCGGCCAGUCCAUCACCAUGCCUCAAUUUAGUGUCAGUGCCAGCUCAAAGUCUAACUGUUGCCCCCUCUGGCUCAUCUGGGUUCUCCUGGGCCUCUCGGCUGUACACACUCAUGCCAAAGAUGUCCUCGGUGUACCCCAGCAGGUGAGCCUGUCGCCCGACAGGUUCUCACGGCAGCUGUCCAUAUCGUGGCUGGGAGGAGCCGCCACAACGUUUGACCUCAUGAUCCUUAGAACGGAACUCAAUGAAAGUGUCUUCUACGAGACUCUCUCUGUGAAUCCAGUGAGUGGUCAACACCUGUGGAACUGGACCUCAGCUGAACCUCUGGAAUGUACCUCUCUGUCCAUCAAAGUCCGCUCAAGAGAUGGACACAUGACAAGUGAAUGGAGCAACACUCAGAUACUUCGAGGAAACGAUCUCCCCAGCAAUGACAAAUGCCAGGUGUAUCCCCUGGAUAGAGUUGUACCUGUGGGGGCCAAUACUACCUUCUGCUGCAUUGUGGAGGAGGGGAAGGUCUUUGAUGACCUCUUCUACAGCGGCGCUGUGAUGAAUACUACUCGACUCAGCAGGCGGACUUACGCCGGCACGGUGGUUAAUCAAGGACCAUCCAGCAGCUCUGGAACCAACGUUGUCUGUUACAAUAGCUUGAGGGCUAAGGAACCGUGUGGAACCGUGGUGUUUGUUGGAUAUCCACCUCUGCUCAGUGAUUUUGUGUGUGAAACUCACGACUUAAUCUCCGCUGUAUGCCAUUGGACUGAAGCGCGAGACACAAUGCUCUACGGCAAACGGAGAUCGAGCUACUCGCUGAACAAGAGGGAUUGUCUUCAGAGAGGGCAGAAGCAUAAAGUGUGUACUGUGGACCAUUGGGAGGGUAACUGGACACUGGUAGCUGUGAAUUUUCUCGGCCAGUACAGCCUCAAUGACUCUGCUGAAAUCCUUAACAGAGUGCAUCUGGUAGCACCGACCAAAGUGAGCUCUGUUGUCAAUGCCUGGAAUGCCACUGUGCUGUGGCAGUGGAAGUACAGAAGCUAUUCCUCCCUGCGUCUUGUCUGUCAGGUCGAGCUCACCUGCAAUGGAACCAAAACAAAUCUUACCGUCUCUGGUGUGGGUCUGCAGUCUGUGGUGCUGUCAGACCUUUAUCCUGAGGAAGAUUACAGUGUUCAAGUGCGCUGUGGUGCCCAGCUCAAUUUCUGGAAGUGGGGCGACUGGAGCGAACCGUUUACCUUCAAAACCGACACUUAUGUUCCAGAGGCUCCUGAUGUAUGGAUUUGGAUGAACAGAGACAACACCGGGCGGAUUGUUUGGAAGCCUCUGACAAGAAGACAGAGCCACGGUCAGAUCACAGGUUAUGAAUUCACUCUCUGGAGCGCUGAGGAAAAUGUACAGCACACACAGAUUUUUUCACCUGGAACAACUGCUGCACCAAUCAACCUCACCCAGAUCGCUGCCUUCAGCAGUGACAAGAUCAUUGCAACCAUCAUUGCAAAGAAUGUUAAGGGGUCAUCUCAACCUGCCAGUGUGGUCGUACCUCUACGGUUGACAGAACCCAUUGCAUUGUCCAGGGCAGUUUACACAGAGAGAGGUUUCCCUCUGACCUGGCAGAGCGAUGCCAACGCUACCUGUGGUUAUGUAGUAGAAUGGAUAGAUGCUGUCUGCACGAGGGACUGCUUCGUGGAGUGGAUCAAGGUCGCAGCUGGACAGACGAAUGUGUCCGUAGUGUCGGCCAACUUCCAGCCGGGUGUGAGGUAUAUCUUUUCCUUGUACAGCUGCUCCUCUGAAGGCCGGGAGCUGCUUCAGCGCCAGCAGGGAUAUGUGCAGGAGCUGGUCCCCUCCAGUUCUGUCCUUCUGUCAACCAGUCAGCAGAACUCUGAUGUUCUUCUCUCCUGGGGAGAGAUCCCACUGCUCAACAGAAGAGGUUUCCUCCUGGGCUACAAUGUUUACAACAGUACCGGCUCUGAACUCAAACUUCUAGUAAAUCUGCCAGACAAAGGAAACAGGAGCUACACAGUAAAGGGGCUGUCUGAGGGCUCCCAUAAAUUUACUGUUAAGGCCUACACCUCGGCUGGUGAAGACACAGGCGCUACUGCCUCCAUAACACUGGAACUAUACGCUGAUUGGCUGAUCCUGGAGAUCCUGACUUCUCUGGGAAUCACAACCUUAUUCCUAGUCAUUGUCUCCUUCAUCUGCUACAAGAAGAGAAAAUGGGUGAAAAAGGCAUUCUAUCCAGACAUACCUGAGCCCAAGCUGCCCGGUGAUUGGUCCAGAAGACAGGGGCCGUUGGACGUGAAGCCAUCUUCCCAUAGUAUAAUGCACAUUGUAGAAAAGCCUGAGUGGGAUUCUAGUAAGGAGGCACUCGUUGUCAUUCCUGAAGAAGAUGAGGAUGAAGAAGGGCAGGGGAUGGGAGAUGAGCCAGUUGACACAGAUGAGCCAACGUCGUUAAGCUACUACAACCAAGUAGUAGAUGAGAGGCCCAUAAGACCACGUUUCCCAGACUCCUCUGAUUCCUCUGCAUCUUCUUUGGAUUCAGCACGCACCGAUGUGACGUACACAGGAAUCCAGACGUCAGGGUCAUCAUUGGUCUUCCAGCUGGAUUCACAGGCCUCUGCCGAGGGCCACCAACCCCAUGCUGAUAUGUCUGUCAAUGGUGGAGGUGGAGGGGACUACAGGCCCCAGAUGCAAGCUAGAGCCCCAAGUGAUGACAUUGCCCUGGUUUCCCCUGAGCCUUUCAUAGAGGCUGCCAGUGGUGGGGGCUAUAAACCCCAGAGCUCUUGGCAUUUGGACUCCCCCGUGGAGGGCGAGGAAAGUGGAGGCCGGGCACCGUCUCUCGGAUCCCCCACCUCUGUCGCCUCCACUCAGUUUCUCCUCCCUGAUGGAGAAGAAGACACAGAGGAGAGGCGACAGCCAUCAUCAUCAGCAACAACCUGGUUCACCAAUCUGCUGUCAUCCACGAAACCAUGAUAUAAUCUCUGUGUCACUGCUAGAGAGGUCAACAUUUAACUUUGAGAUUCAUUACUGUUACCAGUGUCAUGCAUUGAACAGGUUUACCCCAUAUGGUCUUGGUAAAUAUGCCCUCUGAUGUAGCUCUACAUCCUUAUGUUUGCAUUUCGACAGCAGGUUAAUGAUCGUAUCUAAGGUGUCUAUUUCUACACAUAGAGAAAUACACAUAUAUUGUUAAAUAUCAUAAAUCUAAAACUGUAUAUUUAUACGUCAAACAUUUCUAUUCUGACAAUGAUUAUCUUCCACAUAUUUCUUCAGACCUCUUUUCUUUUAUUGCUGCCCCUGGUAAACUGGUUGGUGGCUUUUACGAUGAAUCACUGCCUUUUCUGUGACUCCCUGUAACGGGCAUUUAGCGAUGGCAUAUCCAAUGUUUCAGUUGACUCUGUCCAGUUCUUAGCUUACAUUUCACAUGUUGUGAGUUUUCGUGAUGUGAACUUAACUACACUACAAAAUAAACUGAACACAAGAAUACUUUGAUCCAAAGGAUAGCAUAAGGCUGAAGGACAUUUUUAAGAGAACACUACAGACGAGUGUUUGAAUAGAAGGUAGCUGAGAAGAUACAUCCUCUCUUCACUCGUUCCCCGUCUUGUGGUAGCCGUUGUUUUGGGUAAUCUUGCCUGCUUUCUUACCACUGAUGAGCUACUGAAAGGAAACGAAACUGAAAUGUAAAUUGAAAGAUGCACUUACAAAGCAAAAACAGUCAUUAUUUUACACAGAUACUGGAGUGGUGCUUUCUAUUGCAUUCUGGAAUUGUGUUGGCGAUGAGCCCAGUACACUGAUAUAAGCUAGAAUAUGAUUACAAACUGAUGUAAUUUUAUGAAUGAACACUAUUCUGUUAUGUUUGAAUGUUAUUGUUGUGAUGUCUUCCUUAACCAGUAGAGUUUUAUUUUUUUAAUUGCAUAGACAUGAAGAUCAUUUCACUGUCGGGCCAGUGACAUUCUUUUUUAUUAUGUGUUGCGAAUUAUUCUCAAGUUGAUGAUUGAACAAAUGAUGUGAGUUAACUUGGAAGGGUAAUUACAUUGUGUAAAUCCUUUUUCACGUGCUGCCUGAAUGUCAUACAUAAUGAACCAGACUCUGCCGAGUGCUUACGUCUGCUAACAGUCCUCUUAUGAGUUUAAUUUAAAUUCAAUAGACCUGCAUUUUUAUCUGCACCAAAUUGCACACACUCGGAUACCAGUGACCUAAACGUGAUACACUUUUUUUCAAGAUCAAGAUCCACAAAUCCUUCUCUGAGAAAUAAAUGAAAACGUUAAAGAAAACUACCUUGGUCCUCCCCCCAGAUUCAGAUCUGCACCAACAUGUAUCAUUAAAUGUUUUCUCUUUGGCCACGCCCCACAAAACUACAGGGAAAUUGGUAGAGUUGUUUUUGUGUGAUCUUAACUAACAAUCAAACAAAUGCAGAUGACAACAUAAGCUCAUUUGUUGAGGUUAUUUUUUUAAACCGAAAAGAAAUGCAGUGCUUAAAGUGUUAAGUACAAAAAGUGUGGUUAAUAUAGAUACUUCAUACUUUUUCUUUUGUUGCAUUAUUUUUAAACCCAGAGAAAAUGUGGAUUUGGUGUGCUAAGAAGCUUGUUUAUUUUUUGCUAGAGACCGGAGUCUACUUUACUUUUAAAGUUUGUUUUAAGAAGAUUGUUUAUCUUUUAAUUGCAGAGUUUUCCUGAAGGCACCAUGUCAUGUUUUGUGAUUGGAGAAAGGGAACAAGGGGAAAGCGUGAAUCUAUAAUUUGUGGGGGAAAGGCUGUGUGACUAUUUGUUGCUUGACAGCAAUUUGGCAUCUUUGUCAUGGUGUCCUAGCCCAAGUACUUUUCACAUACUCCAUGAGCUCUGCACUUGUGUUUGUACAGUGUGGGUGUGAAGGAUGCACCAUUGGCUUGGCUUCCAAAAAGCAUCAUUAUGCAAAUAUCAUCCUUUGACAUCAAGGUCAAGUGGUAACCAAGAUGUUUUUCAGUUAGACCCUGGUUUUUUUCUGUUGUUUCUCAGUGCCUCCAGCCAACAAGCUUUAAGCGAAACUACUGUGACAUGACUGAUGAGUUAGAUUGAUGUGUGUAGCUUCACUGAUGCACUCAUAACAGUCAGGCAGUCCUCUUUGACUACUGAGAAAAAUAUAUCCCCUCUUUCUCUUUAUCUCGUUACACUGAUCUGAAGUUUAACUUUUAAACUGAUCUUGCACCAGUCGAGCUGAGUGAAGGGAUCUGAUCUCAUUGUGUGUGAGAUCAGAUCAGUGACGAUCACUUCCAGACGGUGGUGUAGAGUGGCUAAGGUUUUGAGUCUUUAAACAUGGCUGUAAAUUGUUUUCCUUUAAAGCCUGCUUUUUCAGACCGGCAGCGCUUUGGAGUCUAACCUAUGAACGCUAUGUGUUAGAGGCUUUAAUGUUGAUUUGGAUCAACAAACUGGCAACUUUAGAUUUUUCUCAAAAUCUCUGUUUUUCUAUAACUAACUGUAUAUUAAAAUGUUUAUUCCAUUUAACAAGACAAAAUGCUACGGUGUUUUACAUUGGAAAUGAUAUACUCUAUAUUGCAACAUGCAGAGUUAAUGUUGACUAACCAGAUUUCUUGAGAUAGAAAAGAUUUGUGUUGAGGACACCAGAUAUAUUAAGUCCUAUGAAAGGUGUUGUGUGUAAAUCCAUGAAAAGCUUUUUAAUUUGUGUCUUGAAAAAAACAUGUAAAUGAAUUAGAAAUGUGAUCCUGUCCUCGUUCCUAGUUUAUCCUGCUUUGCAUUACCAGCUUAUCGCAGCAGUGUAACUUUGCCACAUUGUAAGUAGGGCCAGAAUACUCACCAUGCAGACUCACACAUGGCAACUGCUGACGUGCAAUUUUCCAUUCAGUCCAUUAUCUUUUCCCAAUGUCCAUCCACACUUUUAAUUGGCGCCUGUGUUUGGGGAUUAUGCAGGAUUGCAGCCGGGUACACUCGCUGCCUUACACAUCUCCAUCUCUGGCCCUGGAUGUUUUGUUGAAUCGAUGCAUGCUGUAUAUACCGUUACUAAACAAACAGCUCCAUGCUUACGUUUCCCUAUAGCUUUAAAACACUGACUAAUGUUGUGCAUGGCAACAUGACUGAAGUAUCAUGCACCUGAACAUGCUUUAAAAUCCAUGAUGUUUUGCAGAAAUAUUUUUUGCAUAAAUUGAAUGAAGAGACACAGUAAAGUGCUAAGCAAAUGAAUAAAUGUUAACACUAAUAACACAAAGUGAAACGCUACUUGUUUAAUGGCAAUAAAGUUAUUUGUCUGGCCGCUAA